AUGAAAAAGCGUGCCGCAAAGAAACCGCGUAACUCUUAUAAAGCCGUUAUUUAUGCAUUUGCAGCUUUAUUUGUGGCCAUUAUAGCAACUCUCUUUAUCGAUACUGGAAAACCCAAAGCAGACAAUAUUGUCAUACAGGAAAAUAAUGAUAGUGCAGAAGCUGUAACACCCUCAUAUCGAAACCUUAGUGUAGAAUACACCACAAUACGACCACCGAAGCCACCAAAACGACAUCCACCUCGAAUUCCCAAAGAAAAUUUAACGAAUUAUUUUCACGAGAGAAGUAAACAUAAAAUAUCCAUUAAUUCGGACUAUUUCCGAUUGCCCGAAGUAAAUGGACGACGUAAAGAUUGGGAAAAUUUGGAAUUAAUUGAAAGUGAUCAACAACGCCAGGGUUUGGGGGAACAAGGGCAGGCUGCUAAAUUUGAAAGUAACAUCCCACAAGAAAUCGUUGAAAAAGCUUCCUUGGAAAAUGGUUUUAAUGCUUUCCUUUCCGAUCACAUAUCGGUUAAUCGUUCUGUGUUAGAUGUGCGUCCAGAAGGAUGCCUGUCAAAACCCUAUUUAGCCGAAUUACCCACAGUCAGCGUUGUCAUACCUUUCUACAAUGAAUACUUUAGUGUUCUGGCUAGAACCUUGCAUAGCAUUGUAAACCGCACGCCUCGAGAGCUGCUAAGGGAAAUAAUUAUUGUGGACGAUAGCAGUGUUCGUGAGUACCUCAAGGAACGUUUGGAUGAAUAUGUUGAGUAUAAUUUUGGUGAUCUGGUAAAAAUUUUACGUUUGCAACAGAGAACGGGUUUAAUUGGUGCCCGCUUGGCAGGUGCUCGUGUUGCCACGGGAGAUGUUCUCAUUUUCUUCGAUUCACACAUUGAAUGUUCCUACAAUUGGCUGCCACCACUACUCGAGCCAAUUGCCCUAAAUCAUAAAAUUGCCACCUGUCCCAUUGUGGAUGUAAUUAAUCAUGACACGUUCCGCUACACGGCUGCAGCGACAACUGGUGUACGUGGGGCUUUUGAUUGGUCCAUGUUGUAUAAAAUGUUACCUCAACUGCCGGAAUUUAGCGGUGAUAGUUCCAAACCCUAUCCCAAUCCAGUUAUGAUGGGAGGCCUCUUUGCCAUACAUCGCGAAUUCUUUUGGGAAUUGGGAGGCUAUGAUGAAGGCUUGGAUAUCUGGGGAGCAGAACAAUAUGAAUUGAGUUUUAAAAUUUGGAUGUGUGGUGGUCUUUUGUUUGAUGUGCCCUGUUCAAGAGUGGCACACAUUUUCCGCGGCCCCUGGGAGUCAAAUGAAAAACCUCGGGAUUAUAAUUAUGUGGCAAGGAAUCACAAACGUGUGGCUGAAGUUUGGAUGGAUGAUUAUAAAUAUCACUUCUACAAAAGAGAUCCCGAACUCUAUGAAAGUAUUGAUGCUGGCGAUUUAAGCAAACAAAAGCAACUACGACAAUCCUUGCAAUGCAAAUCCUUUCAAUGGUAUUUAAAUGAAAUUGUUCCCGAUCUGCUGUUGACCUAUCCCAUUAACAAACUUGAAAAUUAUGCCUCGGGGACGAUACAAAGUCUUGCAUUUCCCCAAUAUUGUUUGGACACCCUAAACAAUGGCCGCCAAGGAUUGGUCGGGCUUUAUCCAUGUGCCGAAAACAAAACCCACCCUCAACGUAAUCAAUUCUGGGAACUAAGUGAAUAUCGAGAAAUACGCCAAUACAACGGUGAUCUAUGUCUAGAUGUUCAAGGUACAACUGCCAAUUCAAAAGUGUGGAUGUGGACUUGUCAUCAACAGGGUGGCAAUCAAUUUUGGUUCUAUGAUCGAGAACUAAAGUGGUUGGUGCAUGGGCGUGCCGGUAUCAACUGUUUGGAGGCUGUCCAACAGGGUGAUCAAAUGUCGGUAAUAGCCAAUGCCUGCGAUAACAGUAAUCCACGAAUGAAAUGGCAAUUUGCCACAAUUAAUGAAGAAUUAUUGGAUACAUUUCACUUUGACCUGGAUUAA